AUGUCUGGUUCCUACCGAGGCAGUUCCAGAGGUGAUCUGCCCUACCGAGGCGGUCGUCCUGGCGUUGGUGACGGCGGUGGUCGCGGUGGUCGCGGUGGCCCCCGCGGUGGUUAUCAAGGCGGUAGUCGUCCACCCGGCGGUGGUUCCGGGGGUUCAGGCACCAUGCUGGAAGGAGUUGCGCAAGUCGCAUCACAGGUCCAUAAGUUUGAGGACCAGUGUAUUCAGUCUAGCCAAGGAGCUCGUGCCUCGAAAGGCCAAUUGGCUCUCCGUCCCGGCUAUGGUACCAAAGGACGCGCUAUUGUUCUUCGCGCCAACUUCUUUGAGAUGGAGUUCAAGCCUAGUGUCAAGUUCUACUCCUACAGAGUCAAGAUUAGCCCGGAGCCUAACCCUAAGAGGCAUCUCAAGGAGAUCUUUGCGAAUAUCCUCGCUACCCCGAACAUUGCUGCAAUUGGUGCUGCCACCGACGGGUCUACUGAGCUUGUGACCCUGGGGGAGAUUGGAAACAUAUCUCCGCUGACGGUGAAGGUCGACAUGAAUGGGGAGGGGUUCAAAGAGUACUCGGUCCACCUAGACUCCUACGGUGUCAUUGACCAUCAAAAGGUCGUCACAGGCCUCCGCGAUGCGGCCUUGAAAGAACUCAUCGAUAGAGAAGCCAUUGUUGUGCGAGCACUGAACAUUCUCAUGGGCGGUCAUCCCAGCAAAGACCCCGGUACUGUCACUAUCGGUAAAGGUGGCAAUAAGUUUUUCUGGGUCGACGAUCGUCAACAGUCAGCAGAUCUCCAAGGUGGUCUAGAGUGUCUUCGUGGUUUCUUUGCGAGUGUGCGUCUCUCCGCUGGUCGUGUCCUUCUCAACUUGAAUGUCACCCACACUGCAUUCUACACUCCCGGGCCGUUGAGCCGCUUGACCGAAGCGUUUGAGAAAACCUUUGGAGAAGACCGCGUUCUCUUCAACAGAUACGUCCGAUUCCUCCGAGUUGAACUCACCCACCUCAAUAAUGGUACUAAAAAGGGAAAGAGUCCUCGCGUCAAAACUAUCUUCGGCCUUGCGUCACCUCGUGAUGGACGGAAGGAUGCGCAUCCUCCUAGAGUACCUCGCCUUGGUUCUUGUGCAGACAAUGUCCAAUUUUGGAUGGAGGAGCGCGACAAGCCCGGAGAAGGAGCAUACAUAAGCGUCACCGACUAUUUCAAGAAGGCACAUAAGAUAAGUCUGAGGUACGGCAACAAACCAGUGAUGAACGUCGGUAACAUGGAGAGGCCUUCAUACCUCCCUAUGGAUGUGUGCGUCAUCCCGGCUGGUCAGGUCUUUCGCGGUGAAUUGGGUACCGUUCAGCGUCAGAACAUCAUCGCGUUCAGUUGCCGAAGACCUCCACAGAACUAUGACUCGAUUCUCGAGGACGGCCGUGAAAUUAUUGGUGCUAAAGGUGGUCAAAUAAAGAACCUUGGGCUUAACCUCCGCCCUGAGAUGGUUGCUGUGCCUGCGCGAAUUCUCCAAGCUCCCAAUUUGAAGUAUGGAGCUUCGACUUUACAACCAAAAAACGGUUCCUGGAACCUGCGAGACCACAAAUUUUGCGCCGGCUCUUCUAUCGGGCGGUGGGCUGGUGUUGUGCUAACGCGAGGCUAUCCUCCUCGGAACGAUCCUACGAAGGCAUUUCAGCAGUUCCAUAACAAUAUGAAGGGGCUGGGUCUUAAAAUAUCUCCUCCUCUCCUUCCACUUUUGUUCAUUGAUCUGCACAAAGACGACGCUUCCAAACAGAUUGGCCAGAUUAAUGACAUGUUCACGAAGCUUCGCAACAACAAGGUCGACUUGGCAGUCAUCCUGUUGCCCCCUGGCGCGGACCGUAUAUUCGAUCAUAUCAAAUGGGUCGGAGACACCAAGGUUGGCAUGUUGACUCACUGCUGCCUCCUGGACAAGUUCACGAAGGAAACUGGAAAUAUGGAUCAGUACUAUGCCAAUAACUCCAUGAAGGUCAAUUUGAGGAUGGGGGGUAUCAAUCAGAUGGUUGAGAUGCCUGUAUCCGCUCCAUUAAUUGCUGCCGGAAAGACCAUGGUUGUUGGCCUCGACGUGACUCACCCUUCUCCUACUGAUCCGGAUACUUCCCCCAGCAUUGCAUCUAUCGUUGCGAGUGUGGAUAGUCGACUGGGUCAGUGGCCAGGCCAGGUCCAAAUCCAGCAGCGCAAACAGGAAUCUGUUCAGUACCUGAAGAUGAUGCUGCUGGCUCGGCUUCACCGUUGGGAGAAAGAGAAUAAAGUACUACCCCAGAAUAUCCUGAUCUACCGUGAUGGCGUCAGUGAAGGCCAGUACAACAUGGUCUUGACCGAGGAACUGAGGCUGGUCAAGGAUGCUAUCCAGGCGAUCUACAAGGGGCCCAUGCCAAACGUGACUAUCUUGGUCGGUGGGAAACGUCAUAAUGCUCGCUUCUACCCAACAAGUGCGAAAGAACAGGAUCGGACCUCAAACUGCAACCCUGGAACUGUGAUCGAUCGCGGCGUCACCCGCCCUAUCUACUGGGACUUCUAUUUGCAGGCACAGUCCGCGAUCCAGGGCACAGCGCGCCCGGCUCAUUACGUUGUGAUUCACGAUGAGAUUUUCACCAAUCCAUCGUUACGCAAGGAAAUCGGAUCCAACCCCGUGGAUGCUGUUCAAGAGCUGACCCACAACAUUUGCUACAUGAUGGGCCGCUGCACUCGCUCCAUUAGCUACAGCACUCCCGCUUUCCUGGCUGACCGGUUCGCUGACCGCGCUCGCAAAUACGUUCGUGCUUACUUCUAUGAACAUCUUACUGUCAUGAAGAACAUGGACCCUCCGGCGCCCAAUGACGAUUGCACCACCUUGGCGGACGCUGUUUCAGAGAGCAUGGUGUACAUUUGA